AUGAGUCCUACAGCCAGCUGGCUGUUCACGUUCAUUUGCUUGCACUCUGCUGCAAUGUGCCAGAGUGGACAGAACGGCAUCGGGCGCUCUGCUGAGGUGUUUGCCGAGGCUUUUGCCGACUGCGCCAACUGGGUCCCAGCGACAACGCUGCAAAGACUGCGGCAAGCUGCAGCAGAAGAUGAGCAGAGACCUGAGGGAAGCACUUCUUAUCGCAUCGACAAAGAAUGGAACUCAUUCCGGAAAGCUGAGCGUCUGGUGCGCAAGUGGGGGCUCAAAUGGAACAUCAAGACCUCGUACUAUGAGUACAACCAAGAUGUGAUCAUCCCGUAUUUCUCACCGCGUGACAUUGUGCGUUAUUUGUUACAGACACACCCGGAGUUGCUAUUUGGCGGCGCCACGACUAUGCAGCAGCGCAAGCAAACCUUGACGGAAUUCUGGGCUGCGUUUAAGGGUUUUCACAGCAGCCACGAGGUCUACACCACUCAUGGUGACUACCUUGAUGGGGUGGUCCCUCUGCUGUGGCACGGGGAUGAUGGACGCGGUGUUCGCAAGGGGACGACGACGCUGUGCACAAUCGAAACACCGUUUGGGUUGGAUGCUUUCAACCCGCAGUGUGAGGACCUGCAAACGUGCUGCAAGCAAGCUGGUGUUAGCAACCGUAUCUUGCAGCAACAAAAUGUCAACUUGAAGCGACAUUCCUUCCUUACCAAGUUUCUGCUGUUUGCGGUUCCAAAGAAGUACACGAAAUGCGAUUCGCUGUUGCAGGGCUUGUGUGCCAUCAUCUCCAGAGAACUUCGAGCUUUGUUUUAUGAAGGUGUGGUUGUGCAGGGUCGUCUCUGGUUUGGGGCGUGCGUGGGGUGCAAAGGAGACCUUGCGUGGUACCAGAAGCUAGCUGAGCUGAGCCGCUGCUUCAACAAAGUCGUCUGCAAGGACAACGAGGAGAUGUGUCACGAAUGCAAAGCAGGGAGUGCUGCUCGACCGUUUGAGGAUAUCUCGUCCUCCCCGAGCUGGGGCUCCACCAUUUUUGCAGAACGCCCGUGGACUCAGCCUCCUACAACGGGCCUGUUGCAAGUGCCUUGUGACCGUGCUGCGCCAGAGCGCAUCUUGCGCAGGGACAUAUUCCAUAAUACCAAGGUGGGCUGCUUCCAAGACUUCAUAGCAAGUUCUAUGCUUCUCGUCGCGGACUUCGGGUACUUUAACGAUGGAAACGCCAACGCGCGCGAUAAGAUUUUGGAAAGGACCACAGGGCUGCUCUUGCAGCAAUACAUUCCGGAGCUCGUGCUGCUGUUUCGUGGCUGUAGAGGAGACGAGUAUUUCCCGAGUUUUUUAAUGUUUGCCUGUGAAGGCAACGAAGACAUGGUGGGGCGUGUGGCUCGCUUGAGUCGCCGAGUGCACCAGACCCGAGUUUGUGAGAGGAUUCUGUUGCUGUACCAGACAAAAGCCUACGCGCUCAGCAAGAAAUUCAAGAAAGAGCUUUCCAGGAAGCGGCCGCGGCCGAGCGACUGA